GUCUAACUAGUUAAUUAAGCAUAAUGCAAUAUGCGUAAGAUAAUUUGUACUUUACCUUGUACCUAAAAUAUGAUUUUAUUUUUCCAUCAUUUUCGAAAAAUAUCAUAGAGAAACACCUAUUUAAAAUAUUUACCUUUCUUUACUAAUCUGAAUUGAAAUUUACGAGCAUCGCCAUCGUCGAUACUACUAAAGUUUAGUUUGGUUUGGUAAUAGAAUAGGUUAUGUUGCAUUACGUGUAUAGAAUUCGAUAUAAUAAAGUACUUCAAGAAUUUUAACACCUUUCAUACAUAUAUACAUAUAUUCGUACAUACAAUUGAUCUAUGUCAGGAACAUGAUAAAAAGGUCAAGUGUUAUCUUGUAAAAUGAAUUGGAUCAAAUUCAAUCGACCCUUAGCAAUUUCGAGUUUCCCAUACCGUGAACCAAUAAUGUGAUAAUAUUGAAAACUUAAAUUUGUUCCACAAGAUUAUGAACAUAAUCAUGUAGAGUUCACUGUAAGGAAGAUGACGCCUCAUUUUGUAGCUUUGACUCCUGUACGAAGACGAUGUUUGAUCAUACUCUCUGUAGUAUUAGUACCAUGCGCCAUUUUAAAUCUUCUAUCACCUUCAGACUUAAACGAAGAAACAAUUUUACAAAACAGCAUUGCAGAAUUGCAAGCUAAAUUGGAACAUUUACAUGCUAAAUAUGUUACAAGCCAAGAGGAAAUAAACCUGUUGUCGCAUCAGUUAUUACAAUUGAUAGAGAACAAUCAUAUUUUACCAGAUCUUCAAUUUCUAUUCAACAAUGCUACAACAAACGUGACCAGUAUAAAGCUACCAUCUAUAUACAAUUUUCUUCCACAUUUUCUGAACGACCCUAAUAGCUUACGGCCAGCAUUUAUCCAAAGCAAAGGACGCACUGGUAUCAGUGUAGUGCUAGGUGUACCAACAGUCAAAAGAGAAGUGCAGAGCUAUUUAAUGGCAACGCUUAAGAAUUUACUGGAUCGUAUGAAUCCUGUAGAAACAGCAGAUACUUUGAUCAUUGUUUUAGUUGCAGAAACAGAUUUGGAAUAUGUGGCAUACGUUGCAAAGCAAAUUGAAGUUCAAUUUCCAACUGAGUUUGAAGCUGGUGUAAUCGAUGUGAUAUCCCCAUCUGCAUCUUAUUAUCCAGAUUUAUCUAAAUUACGUGAUACUUUAGGCGACGAUCACCAACGAGUUGUUUGGCGAUCGAAACAAAAUUUAGAUUUUGCAUUUCUUAUGUCGUAUGCUCAGACAAAAGGAACAUUUUAUGUACAACUAGAAGACGACAUUUUAGCAAAAAAAAAUUUUAUAACUACAAUGAAAUCUUUUGCAUUACAAAAAAUAGCGACCAAAGAGAACUGGUUUGUCUUGGACUUCUGUCAGUUAGGAUUUAUCGGAAAAUUAUUUAAGUGCGCGGAACUGCCAUGGUUGAUUCAAUUCUUUUUAAUGUUUCAUAACGAUAAACCAGUUGAUUGGUUACUGGAUCACUUGAUCUCAACCAAAGUUUGUAGUCUUGACAAAGAUAGUAAACAUUGUAAAAUGGCUAAAGCAGAGUUAUGGAUUCAUUAUAAGCCUUCUCUUUUUCAACAUAUAGGGACACACUCUUCGUUAAAGGGGAAAGUACAGAAAUUAAAGGAUAAACAAUUUGGCAAGAUAGCAUUGUUUUAUGCGCAUGAAAAUCCAGAAGCGACGGUUGAAACGCAAAUUAAACCUUACAAACAAUAUACAUUACAAAAAGCGUACAAAGGGGAGUCAUUCUUUUGGGGUCUUUUACCACAACCAGGAGAUCAUUUAAAAUUUAAAUUUUUUCAUCCUAUUUUUAUAAAAAGGUACUUAUUCAGAAGUGGAAAUCCUGAACACCCGUCUGAUAGAUUUUACAAUACAACGGUGGAAGUGUUUUCAGAGAUAUCUGCUUCUUUAAAUAGAAAUAGCAAUGAUAUAACUGAGGAUGGUUAUAUCGUUAUAGGGAAAUUUGAUGCACUGGGGAUUGCUCAAGGAACGGUAGAUAAAAAACUUGGAAGGAUAUUGGUACUUCGGUUGACUGUGCACAGUGAAAGUGAAAAUUGGGCUAUCUUAUCCGAGAUUCAUAUAGUUGAGGAGCAUCCCAGUUGACCUCCGGAAAAGGUAUUCCAACAUUUAUUUCGGCACCACUUACAGGGAUAAUAUAUGUAAUAAAUUAACGACUAAAUUAUUUUUAGUUUAAGUCUUAUGUCACUAUGUGUCGAAUAGGUUAUACAUGAAAUAUUAUUCGUUCAAUACCGUCCAGUGCAAAGAAAUAUGUUGACAAAAAAAAGUGACGUUCAUCUGUGCGAUGAAUUUAACAAUAGAUAUUUGAUUUUUAAAGAAAUCAACAUUAUGAUCUGUAUUACAUGGAACGACAUGAUAUUAUGCUCUGUUAUUAUCAAAAUUGUAUUCAUUUUACGAGGUCAGUGUUAGAACAAUUUACUAAACUUUCGACCAGUUUUACCAUUUUUCUAAUGAAAACAGUACCUGCGUAGUCAGUAUAUAUUAUUUCAUUCAUUAAGGAUUCAAGAUACAAUUUAUAAUUUUAUGUAUUUCUUAUAAAUUAGCAAAAAUGGAAACUCUUUUUGUGAUCUAAAGCACAAGAUUAUUAAUAUUAACGAGAGUGCAGUAUAUUUAACAUCGCGAUAAAAAUAAGUGCCAGACUAUUUUAAGAGAUAUAAGGUUAAUGGAACAAACAGAAGAUUUAUCUUUUCAUAAAAAGAAAUAAGCGUCAUUAAAAAGAAGUAUAUACGUAUUUAUAAUAUGUGUAAUAAUGUGCAAUUUACAUACUGUCUGUAAUAUAUUACUAUAAUAUUGAAGAUCUGGAUUUGGAUCUGUGUUAGUCUUU